CUUUUUUUCUGCCUUUAUUUUUAUUAUUUAUUUAUUUACAUAAGAAUAUACUUCUUCUUGUUAGAACUAUUCUUACAAUGUUUUCAUCUUUUCAAAAACAAGAUGAUAUUUUUAAAAAUAUUGAAGAAGUACCUGCUACUGUUCCUAUUUAUGAAGGUUAUCUCUAUUGGUAUACUGAUAAACAAAAGUGGAAAUGGCAUCUCUUUCGUUUCGACGGAUAUUCUUUUAUUUGUCUCUCAACUCGUAAGGUCAAACUUCCUUGUAAUACUCCAAUAGAACAAGACUCUGAAGAUAAUUCCAAUACUCCUUCUCCUACUUCUCCUCUUUUGGCUACUCCAAAACAACCUUAUACUGAAGAAAAUAUAGUAAUGGCAAGUCACUAUCAAUUACCUAUAUGGUCCAUUAAUCUCUUACAAGUCACUUCUAUCUCUAUUUUGGCUGCUAAUGAAAAACAACAACGCAAUUGUUUUUGUAUUCGUACUGAAGAUAAACGGUGUUACUUUUUGAAAGUUCGUAAACACAAAGAUUUAGACCGUUGGUUAUUUAUCUUGACAAAAGCUUGGAAAUGGUCUCAACAGCAACAACAACAACAACAACUACAACAACAACAACAACAGACACACCAGCAACAACAAGAACAACAACAACAGACGCAACAACAGAAACAAAUUUUAAGACCACCACCAUUGGUAACUCAUAGUAACGCCAUUCAUCCUCCUACACCUCCACCUCACCAAAGUCGACCUUCAUCACUUGAACAUCCAGUACAGCAAGAACAAGAACAAAAACAAGAACAAGAACAGAAUAGUCAAGAAUAUGAGGCAGCUUAUACAACUCCAGUACUAUCAGCUGAAAAGGAAAAGUGGAUUGAUGAAUGGAGGGAAUCUUUACGAUCAAUGGCCAUGCCUUCUCCUAUGUGUCACAAGACUCGCCACUCGACUCCUAUUGUGUUCAAUGAUCACGAAGUCACUAAUCCAGAUUCUCCAACCGACCAUCAAAUUCGACAACGUCCAGCAUCCAUGACAAUACCACUUACUGAUCGAUAUUCCCCCAUCAAGAAAAAACGUUCAGAAGAAGUGAAAAAUUGGAUAUCAGGCAAUCAACAAGAUCAUCAAGGUUACGAUAUCCAAUAUUUCCAAGACGCCACAACAACAGAUCCCGCCAAUGACACGUCAACUCAUUACAAUAGUAUCAAUAACACAAAUGGACAGUCAUCACCAUUACUUCAUUAUCAUCGAUCCAUUCGAGGGAAAAAUGUUCAAAUCAUUCACGAUAAUCAACGUUCAUUGACACCACUAUCAGUACCACAUUUACCAACUCCUCCUUUCGACAAUCAUUCUCCAUUACAUGUAUUAUCCAAAGUGGAAACGCCCAAUGAUGUAUAUAAACAAAUUGAUAUAUUACAAUCAACACGUCAACAGACUUCUCGACCGGUAUCAGCCUCUUUGGAUAAUAGGGAAUCAGUCAAUCAUCUUCAUCAUUCAUUACCAUCUUAUUUUGGACGUGGAUCAUGCAUGACUUAUCAUCCGCACAGAGUGACAACGUCAAUCGAUCAAAAUAUUGUUGCUCCUUCUGUGCCGCCUGUGCCUAUUCAACCUACAUACACCCUUUAUGAAUCAUCAUCAUCGCCAUCACCUCCGCCAAAAAAACUUCCAUCACAACCUAUUGUAUUUUAUCCUUCUCGAUCAACACCUACCAAUGGAACUGGAUUUAUUGAAUACAAGGAUCCUUUACUUAGUUUAGCCAAAACGUCAACCAGAUCUCUUAUUUCUCCUUCGUCUGCUUCUGCUGUAGUAUUCCCUUCUCUAUAAUUAGUUAUUCUCUUUGUUCUUUUGUACAAUAGCUCUCUUGACAAAAUAAAAAAAAAAAUCAUGACUCCUUUUUUAGGUUGUUACACAACUGAACUUGA